AAUCCAAAUAAUAGCAACCCAGGAAUGUUUUGUAAGAUAGUGGAUGAAAGUGUAGAAUCUUACAUUUUAAUCUGAAGUUAGUGAGGUUUAGAGCCAGCUUUGUAUAGUGCUUUGAGGUUUGGUCUAUGACUUUGGAGACCAGGGUUUGGAUCUCCAUUCAAUUACCACAUGAAAACCCCUGGGGAGACCUUGUGCAAGUCACACUCUCUCAGCCUUAGAGGAAAGCAAGGCAAAAAGCUUGACAAAUCUUGUCAGGAAAACCCCUGAUAGGUUCACCUUAGGGUCACCAUGAGUCAGAAGUAACUUGAAAGAUCACAACAACACUUGUGUUUGUUCUUUUAUUUCAGAUGUGGAAAGCAACUGCAGGCCACACCAUAACUGUCAACCAGGAUGAUGGCGCCGAUGACUGGGAGACAGAUCCUGACUUUGUGAAUGAUGUGAGUGAAAAGGAACAACGUUGGGGUGCUAAGACUGUGCAAGGAUCUGGUCACCAAGAACACAUCAAUAUUCAUCAACUGAGAGAGAAUGUAUUCCAAGAGCAUCAGUCUCUUAAAGAGAAAGAACUCCAAACAGGACCAAAAGCUUCUCAUGGUUAUGGUGGGAAGUUUGGUGUGGAACAGGACCGCAUGGACAAAGUAAGUACAGAAGAAUCUGUGUGUCUGACUUGCUCAAUAUGGGCUUGA